UCCCGGCGUGGGAGGCGCCGGAGGCGGACCUGGGCGCAAGCUACAUAAGGCGCGCCGGAGCGCAAAAGGCAACCAAAGAGACCCAGAGAGAGGCGGGGGAAGCUGGCUUUGCUCUUGUGGAACUGUGGAAGGAGAAGCCCGGACGGCGAGGAAAAAGUUGGACUCAACUUGAGAGUUUUCUUCCUUCUCCUUUGGAUACUUUUCUCCAGAACCUGAAGAUCCCAGAAGGCCAGGAGACAGGAUGAAGGCAUUUUGGGCUCUGGUGGCCGUCCUGCUGUUGCCCAGUGAGGCCGUGGUGGCCCGGGCUCCUCGUACGCGGAGGGAGCUGGCCCCAGGGCUGCACGAACGUGGGAUCCGGGAUGCGGGGGGCUCCUACUGCCAGCGCCACGAUGCCUGCUGCAGCGGGAGGGACGACGAGUGCACGGUGCCUUACCUCGACACCAUUUGCUACUGCGAUCUCUUCUGCAACCGCACCGUGUCCGACUGUUGCCCGGACUUCUGGGAGUACUGUUUGGGCAUCGAGCCCCCCUUAUCUGUGCAGAAAGCCUGCAUCCGCAAUGGGUUCAAAUUCCCAGCCGGAGCAACCUACAGAGACAACUGCAAUCUAUGCACGUGCCAUGGAAAUGGCCAAUGGGUCUGCGAAGACCACGCUUGCCUCAUCAACGGAGACAUGAUGGACGCCGUCAACAGAGGGAAUUACGGCUGGAGAGCCUCCAACUACAGUCAGUUCUGGGGCAUGACUCUGGACGAAGGCAUCCAAUAUCGGCUCGGCACCAUCAAGCCUCCCACCUCUGUCAUGAAUAUGAAUGAGCUCCAGAUGAACAUGGAUGAGAAUGAUGUGCUGCCGUCGUAUUUCAAUGCUGCUGACAAAUGGUCUGGGAUGAUCCAUGAACCACUUGACCAGGGCAACUGUGCCGGAUCGUGGGCCUUUUCUACUGCAGCGGUAGCUUCCGACCGAAUCUCCAUCCAUUCCAUGGGGCACAUGACUCCUGCCUUAUCUCCGCAGAACCUUCUUUCGUGCAACACUCGCCACCAGCAAGGCUGCAAUGGUGGGCGCAUUGACGGAGCCUGGUGGUUCUUGCGCCGGAGAGGGGUGGUGACAGAUGAAUGCUACCCUUUCAGUAACCAGGAAACCAACCAUUCCCCCAAUGCGCCCGCUUGCAUGAUGCACAGCCGGUCCACCGGUCGGGGAAAGAGACAGGCCAUCGCCCGAUGCCCCAAUCCACGAUCCCAUGCCAAUGAGAUCUACCAGUCCACUCCUGCAUAUCGCCUCUCCUCAAACGAGAAGGAAAUCAUGAAGGAGCUGAUGGAGAACGGGCCGGUGCAAGCGAUCCUGGAAGUGCACGAAGACUUCUUCAUGUACAGAACUGGCAUUUAUCGGCACACUGCAGUAGCCGCCGGGAAGCCAGAACAGUACCGACGGCACGGCACCCAUUCUGUCAAAAUCACGGGGUGGGGAGAAGAACAAAUGCCAGAUGGGUCAAAUCAGAAAUACUGGAUUGCUGCCAACUCCUGGGGCAAGGACUGGGGCGAGCACGGCUACUUCCGCAUCGCCCGUGGUGAAAACGAAUGUGAGAUCGAGACCUUUGUGGUGGGCGUCUGGGGCCGGGUUGGGAUGGAAGACAUGCACCACCACAAGAAAUGAGGGGGCUGGAGAGGAGGACCCUGCUCCAUAUGGGGCUCACCAAAGAGAACUUCUUUCCUUCUGUUGCCCUGCCUUUUUCUUCUCCAAAGAGGUUUGGGAUCUGGAUCAGCCAUAAGACAUCAUACAGCCAACUGGGUCCAUCUCUAAAGGGAAUGAGGUUUGACCAUCAUUUUGAGACCGUCUGUUCUUUGGUGGACCUUCCUUGAGUGGUGGAAAACUUCUUGAGAGCUCACGAAAUGGAUGUGAAGGAGGAAGAUUUGUUGGAAGGAACCAUUCGAUUUUGGUCCUACAUCAUCCUUUGAGUUGUCCCAAUGCUCAAAACCGACACAUCACCAAACAAUGAGACGAAAACACAACAACACCAAACAAGGGAUACCAUGUUGAGAUUUCCCAAGAAGGUGGUGGUUUGAAGAAUGGGAAGGACACAACAGCCUCUCAUUUUCUGUGUGUUUUCUCUCCUUUCUUGCCUUCUCAUUGGUUCAUCAUAACAAAGCCAUGUUAGACAUGAUUGCUCCUCAGACUUGACCUUCUCCCAGAUAUCUUCAUAGAGGAGCAAGCCCCCUUUAGAGAUGUGUUCAAAGUUGGCCAUUCUUCAACUAUGUCUGGGAGGUUUCUCUCUCAUGUCGAACUCUAUCAUACCUCAGGUAGCUUGGGAUCUUUUGCGCAUUGCUUUCCUCCCAUAUAUGAGUCCCUAUGGAGACCAUGCCAACCAACCCUACACUGUAUCUCACCUAUCUUCUCUCUUGCAAGCACUCCAAAAUUUCUUAUCUCUUGACCACUCUUUUAUCUCAUCUUGACAAUUUUCCAUUGUACUUCAUGCUAUGCCUGGAUAUUAAGAGGAACCACCACAAAUUCCAACAAACAAGGAGGAAGACUGCUGUGAUUGGAAGUCUUCAUUGGAGACAUGUCAACAACUGUCUAGAUGGGCUACAGAGGGAAAAAGGAGCAAAGCUAAGGACAAUGGACUUUCAGGAUAACAUUCCCUCAAUCUAUACAUCUUGGAACCCAUUUGUGACCCACAGGACUUGUUCUCAUGGUUUCCUUUUAUCCACUUCUGAAGAAAUACAGAUCGAGUGUCCCUUAUCCAGAAUCCUGAAAUCCAAAAUUCUCCAACAUUAAGGUUAUGUGGAGAUGUUUAUAUGAAACAUACGUAAUUUUGGGUCUUCUCUCUAAGAUACCUCAUUGGGUACAUAAAUGCAAAUGCAGAUACAGUAGAAUCUCACUUAUCCAACAUAAUGUUGGAUAAGCGAAUAUGUUGGAUAAUAAGGAAGGAUUAAGGAAAAGCCUAUUAAACAUCAAAUUAGGUUAUGAUUUUACAAAUUAAGCACCAAAACAUCAUGUUAUAAAACAAAUUUGACAGAAAAAGUAGUUCAAUACGCAGUAAUGCUAUGUAGUAAUUACUGUAUUUACGAAUGUAGUUCCAAAAUAUCAUGAUGUAUUGAAAACAUUGACUACAAAAAUGCGUUGGAUAAUCCAGAAUGUUGGAUAAGUGAGUGUUGGAUAAAUGAGACUCUACUGUAUUCCCAAAUCCAAACAAAAUAUUCAAAAUUUCUGGUCCCUAGCAUUUUGGAGAAAGGAUACUACUCAACCUGUAUGUCCUAUCUAGACAUUUUUUAGGUCCUCCAAUAUGGUGUUAUUGGGCCAGACGUAGUUCAUUUCAAUUGGGUUCGCUACUGUUCAUGUAUCCACUGUAUUUUCCCUUUAUAUUUUCUGUACAGAAAACAGCAUUAUUGGUGCACGAUUUAUUUUUUGCUUUUGGGCAGAAAAUGCAACAUUCUGUGCCCAGAAAACUUGAUAUGUUUCUCCAUGCAGACUAAUUCAUCUGCAACACAUUGAGACUUUUGAACAUGGGAAGAAUAUCGAAAUACUCAAGUUCUGCCUUUGUCCAAAUGCUCUGAAUUACUGCGUGGAUGAGAGUGACCCAUUUUCCCCAUAAUAAUAACUCUUUCAGGGGUGAAUUUUCCUUCCUUGGGGUAUAUUUCUCUCACUUCUUGUUGUUUCAUUCCGAUUCUUAACUACGAGUUGGAUAUUUUUCUGUAGUCUUCAUCCAAGAUAGGGACAAAACUAUGGUUGUUACAUGUCCUUGCAUGCAAGAUAUUACAAAAUAGUUGAGAUAUUACACCCCGGUUUGAAAUGGGGUGUUUUGCUGACAUGAAGAGAUGGGUGCACCAGCCCGUACAUGAUGCGCCCUGAAAGCCUUCCUCCCCUUGUCUCCAUCCCCUCUGUCACCCUCUCUUUCCUUUGGGUUUUCUGUCCAGGAUGUGGGGGUCUUUUGGUGCUUUAAUCCCUCCCCGGAUUAACCGACCCAUUGUCCGGAACUCAUUGCUGCUGAAAGGGGAGUUUAGCCAGGCUUUGGCCACGUUGGUUUUUGCAAGCUUCACAAGCCUCUGUGCAAACAGCGAGCCGAACCCCCAUUGAUGUGCAAGAAGUGGAUACAAAGAGGCGCGUCGGGAGGCAAAACACAAUUCAUGUGCGGCGGAGAAUGUGCGCCAAAUUGUCUUGGAACGGGGAGAAAACGGCUGUUUCCUUUCCAUCGUUCUUUGAGAACGAAACAAGCAAAGGGUGCGUCUAUAUUGUCGAGUUAAUCCGGUUUGACACCACUUUCCCAUGCAAUGGAAUCCUGGAAGUUGUAGUGUUACAUGGACUUUUGUCUUCUCCGCCAAGGAGAUGUUGGUGCAUCAUCAAAUUACAAAUCCUGUCUUCCAUAGCUUUGAAAAUGGCACGAAACCGGAUUAAUUCAACAGUGUAGAUCAGGCAUGGGUAAACUUGGGCCCUCCAGGUGUUUUGGACUUCAACUCCCACAAUUCCUAACAGCCGGUAGGCUGUUAGGAAUUGUGGGAGUUGGAGUCCAAAUCACCUGGAGGGCCCAAGUUUGCCCAUUCCUAAGAGUUCCACCUUGGUGCCGAAAUGAUUCACCUUUCCGGAUGUAUUUCAUUUAUAAUUUUUUGCACUGAAAUAAAUAUUUUUGGCAGAAAAAAACUAUAUUUCUUAGGCAGGACACACUCUUCCUGCAUAGAAUUUGGGACUUUAUGUUCUCCGAAAAUAUGUUCCUCAAUCCUUGGGCAAUCUUCGGUGCGGGAAAUCCUUGCAAGUUGGGACUUGUGCAGAGAUUAUUUUUUGGCACAGUAACAGUAUAUUUAUGCAGGAAACACAAUAUUCUAAAGUGAUUACUGCGGUUACAUUUGCAGAAAAUGCUGGUCAAAAAAGGUGCAAAGUCCUCACUCCAAAAGUGCCAUUGUACACAUGGGAAGUACAGUAUUUUUUGCAAGUAUUUUCAACUAUUAUUCCCAUCUUUAGAGAAAGAAUCUCCCUCAUGUAGACAAGAUGGAAUAAAAAGGCCCCCAAAGCUAUUUUAUCUACAUUCCAAAGAAGUUGUCUCUGACUGGGAAGAGGCCAAGGGUGCAUCUACACUGCGGAAUUAAUGCAUUUUGACACCUUUUAAAUUGCGAUGGCUCAACGCUAUGGAAUCCUGGGAGUUGUAGUUUUGCAAGGUCUUUAGCCUUCCCUGUUGUCUCAGUAUUCCAUGUCAUUGAGCCAUUGUGUUUCGAGUGGGGCCAAACUGCACUCAUUUUCCAGUGUGAAUGCAUUCCAAAACAGGAGCAAGAACUUCUACCUUGUCUACUCAGAAGGUUUUUAUAUUUCUGUGAGACUUUUUAUAUUUAUUUUGCUUCUUGUCGUUUGUAAAUAAAGCGCUUCGGAAAAAAAAACAA